AUGCCUACCUUGUCUUUGACGAUUAACUGCUGCCACGUGGCUUCUGCCAACUCGGGAUCCAAUCCUAAGGUCCCAAGGCAGCAGACACAGGUCCCAACCUCUCCCACGCCGGAAGGCCCGCCUCCUGGGCCCCGCCCCACGGCUCCCCUCCGCCCCGCCCACCAUCCUUUGGCCAAUCAGCGAGCGCUCGCGCAGACCCGGCUGUGGAGAAGUUCCGCGCAAGAUGGCUGCUGGGUGUCGGAGUGUGAAGGUAGACCAGCGUUCGUCCCUGCAGCUUCCCCGGCUGGGACGUCGCGGCCGUGCCACUCAGGGGGAAAAAGCGGCGCUGGGAGGAAGGGUGAUGCUCAUCUAGGCCUGGGCUUGGUAGCGCUGAUAACCGGAGGAGCCUCGGGCCUAGGUCUGGCCACAGCGGAGCGACUGGUGAGGCAGGGGGCGGCUGCUGUGCUUCUGGACCUGCCCAGCUCGGAUGGGGAGGCCCAGGCCAAGAAGUUAGGGAGCAGCUGCACCUUCGCCCCCGCCGACGUUGUCUACUGUAGUUGGAGCAUAAAAUUCAAGUGGCUGGAGAACUCUGCAGGGGCCAGACCAAGCACCAGAAACUUGACCUUGAAGAGCUAUAAAACUCCAGCAGGGCAUCCAUGUUGCCAGCAUCAGGGGCACCGUUCAUAUUGUAGUCUACGUGAGUGGUACUCCAUGGGUCGUGCCGUGCCUGCAACAGUCUUCCAAGAUGGGUAACAAGAUGGCACAGCUGGAAGUACAGAUGCUUCUACCCAGGGUUUGUUGGAAGGAAUUGGGCUAGAUGGUGAUAACGUUGGCUCCCAUGGAGACAGAUGAACCUACUGCUUCAGAUUCUACAAAUUCAAAAUCACACCAGCCAUGGCUGCCAGAAUCAAGCAGAUCAAGCCUUUGGUGUCAGGAAGUUGCUUUCUGGAAGGAGGAAGAAUGGAAGGCAUAGGAAAAGCAGGAAGAUGAAGCAGGAACUUCUAGAGAAGUUCCUGGAUGCUGACCCAUUGGAGCAAGAUGAGCUCCACACGUUCACAUAAACCAUGUUGCCAGACUGCUUCCACCUUCUUGACGAGCUGCUGGACACAGUGUACUGUGUGUGUGAUCUGAUCAUGACAGCAAUCAAGCGUAAUGGAGCAGACUAUCGUGACAUGAUUCUGAAGCUCGUGGUCAAUCAGGUAAGCUCCCCAGGGACCAGAAGAGGGGAGCUUGUGAAAUGGUUUUCCUGUCAUCUAUUAAAACUUGGUUUCUGAAAAGUA